GCGCGCCUCUGACAGUGCGUAAUUACUGUUUUCCUGCGCCUCUUCCUCGGGCGUCACAGGUAGGCUGCUUGAGCCUACAGACACCGCUGCUGAUGACAGCACAUCACCGCACAGCGUAAGGUGACAGUUUCGGUCUCUCCGUCGUGGCUGCAGCCUCUCAAACAGACACUCUUCGUCCAUCAUGGAUGAUGCUGGUGGGAUGCAUCUGUGCACCUGGACCAAGUCGACCAGGAAGAGCGCACGGGACCUCUUGAAAACAUACCUGGGGAUAUUUAUCAUGCUUCAUCUCGUGCUUCACACGGAAGCCUCAGCGGUGUCCAAGUCCUGCGAUAAAAACUGUUUUUCAGGGAAGUGCAUGAACGGGACCUGCGUGUGUGACCACGGAUGGGUCGGGGAUCAGUGCCAGCACUGUCAGGGAAGAUUCAAAUUAACAGACCUGACGGGCUCGCUCACAGACGGACCAGUAAACUAUAAAUACAAGACCAAAUGCACUUGGCUAAUAGAAGGAUAUCCUAAUGCAGUUCUCCGGCUGCGCUUCAAUCACUUUGCCACCGAGUGCAGCUGGGACCACAUGUACGUCUAUGAUGGAGACUCCAUCUACGCCCCUUUGAUUGCUGUCUUCAGCGGCCUAGUGGUGCCAGAGACCAGGGGUAAUGAGACGGUCCCGGAGGUGGUGACAACAUCCGGCUACGCUCUGCUUCACUUCUUCAGCGAUGCGGCCUACAACCUGACCGGCUUCACCAUCACGUACUCGAUAAACUCUUGUCCCAACAACUGCUCGGGCCACGGCAGAUGCAGCACGGCGAACUCGGUCUCCGGUCGCGUGUACUGCGAGUGUGAGGACUACUGGAAAGGAGAAGCCUGCGACAUCCCGUACUGCAGAGACAACUGUGGCAGCCCCGAUCACGGCUACUGUGACCUGACCGGAGAGAAGCUCUGCGUCUGCAAUGACAGCUGGCAAGGUCCAGACUGCUCUCUGUCUGUUCCCUCCACUGAGGCCUUCUGGGUGCUGCCCAGCGUCAAACCGUCGGCGCAGUCUUUGGGUCGGGCGUCCCAUCAGGCCCUGGUGCACUCGGGGCUGAUGUGGGUGGUGGGAGGCUACUCCUUCAACUACUCCAACUACCACAUGGUUCUCAACUACAACCUGGAGACCAGCACGUGGGACGCGGUGCCUGUCAGCAGCGGCCCUCUCUACAGAUACGGACACUCGCUGGCUCUGUACCAGGACGACAUCUACAUGUUUGGCGGGAAGCUGGAGGCAGGAUCGGCUAACGUGACGGACGAGAUGUGGGUGUUCAACAUCCCCAGGCGCACCUGGUCACCGCGGAAACCCUCCCCGCCUCCUCCCUACGCCCUGGAGGGACACACGGCCCACGCGGUGGAGCUGGCCGACGGCGAGCCGGUGAUGCUGAUCUUCUUCGGCUACUCGCCGAUCUACAGCUACGUCAACAAAGUUCAGGAGUACAACAUCAGGUCCGACUCGUGGCAGGUAGUGUCCGCCGGAGGCGCGGUGGUCCAGGGAGGCUACGGCCACAGCAGCGUGCACGACGAGGCCAGCGGCUGCGUGUUCGUUCACGGGGGAUACAAGGCGCUCAGCAACAACAAGUACGGUCUGGUGGACCACAUGUACCGCUACCACAUCCACACGAGGACAUGGUUAAUCCUCAGGGAGAGUGGCUUGGCGCGGUACCUCCACUCUGCGGUGCUGCUGAGCGGUACCAUUCUGGUUUUUGGUGGAAACACUCACAAUGACACGUCGCUAAGCAACGGAGCCAAGUGCUUUUCUGCCGACUUCCUGGCGUAUGACAUAGCCUGUGACGAGUGGACGGUCCUCCCCAGACCAGGGCUGCACCGCGACGUCAACCGCUUUGGACACUCGGCUGUGGUGAGCAACGGCUCCAUGUUCAUCUUUGGAGGUUUUUCGGGCCUCCUCCUGAACGACGUGCUGGCCUACACCCCUCCGUCCUGCCCGGCCUUUUCCAGCCCAGCUGCGUGCGCCGCUGCCGGGCCGGGCCUUCGCUGCCACUGGGUCCUGAGUAGAUGUGUCCCCUGGGAGGCGAAACCACCUGAGGAGAUUCUGCCGGCGCCGUUUUGCCCCGUGCGACCCGGUGCUACAGACGAGCAGUGUUUCCGCUUCUCGGACUGCGCGAGCUGCACCGCCAACACCUGGGGCUGUCAGUGGUGUGAGGACAGGAAGUGCAUCUCUGCAUCCAGCAACUGCACCGUGUCGGUGAAAGACUCGUCCAGGUGUAAGCGCAGGGAGGAGCAGGAGUGUUUCAGACUGGCCAACUGCAGGAGCUGCUCCCUCAACGUCCACUGUCAGUGGGAGCCGCAGCAGCAGGAGUGUCAAGCGCUGCCGGGCCAGCUGUGUGGAGAGGGCUGGCACCAUGUCGAGGAAGCCUGCCUGAGGAUCAACUCCAGCAGAGAGAGCUACGAUAAUGCCCAGCACUACUGUAAAAACCUGGGAGGAAAUAUUGCAUCUUUGCUCACAGACAAACAAGUUAAUUUUGUUCUGGAAGAGCUUCAGAAAUACCAGCUGCAAGAUAAGAGGUUAUCGCCGUGGAUCGGCCUGAGGAAGAUCAACGUGUCGUACUGGGGGUGGGAGGACGCGUCGCCCUUCACCAACACCAGCCUGCGAUGGUUGCCGGGAGAGCCCAGCGACUCGGGCUUCUGCGCCUACCUGGAGCGGGCUCAGGUGGCCGGACUCAAGGCCAACCCCUGCACCGCCACCACGGACGGCCUGAUCUGCGAGAAACCCGCCGGGAGCCCACAGAGUCAGAGCGCUCGUCCCUGCAAGACUCCCUGCGCUCUGCGAACCACCUGCGCCAACUGCACCAGCCAGGCCAUGGAGUGCAUGUGGUGCGGCAGCGCGCACCGCUGCGUCGACUCCUCGGCGUACGUCAUCUCCUUCCCCUACGGACAGUGUCUGGAAUGGCAGACCCAAGACUGCGCUGCUCAGAACUGCUCCGGUCUGAGGAUGUGUGCAGAGUGUCUGGAGAGAGCGGAGUGCGGUUGGUGCGGCGACCCCAGCAACACCGGCAAGGGCGUUUGCAUGGAGGGCUCAUACCGAGGGCCUCUGAAGCCGGCACACCCCAGGGCCGGGUCACGGGACCGGGACAGACUGCGAGACAGGGACAUGGCGCUGGACCAGAGUCUCUGCACGUCUGACAGAGGCUAUAACUGGGCCUUCAUCCAGUGUCCGGCUUGUCAGUGUAAUGGUCACAGCAGGUGUGUGAACGGCAGCGUGUGCGAGCGCUGUGGGAACCUGACAGCAGGGACGCACUGCCAGAGCUGCAUGCCCGGUUACUAUGGCGACCCCAUCAACGGAGGGAAAUGCAACGCAUGUAAGUGUAACAGCCACGCCAACGUGUGCCACGUCAACACAGGGAAGUGUUUCUGCACCACCAAGGGCAUCAAGGGCGACCAGUGUCAGCUAUGUGACUCAGAGAACCGUUACCUUGGUAACCCUCUCAGAGGAACAUGUUAUUACAACCUGUUGAUUGAUUACCAGUUCACCUUCAGCCUGCUUCAGGAAGACGACCGCUACUACACCGCCAUCAACUUCAUGGCUACACCUGAACAGGCCAACAAAAACCUCGACAUGUCCAUCAACGCCUCCAACAACUUCAACCUCAACAUCACCUGGUCCUUAAGCUCAACAGCCGGCACCAUCUCGGGCGAAGAGAUGCCCAUCAUAGCGAGGACCAACAUCAAGGAGCAUCGAGACUCUCUCUCCUGCGAGAAGUUCAACUUCAGGCUUCACCACAACAUCACCUUCUACGUCUACGUGUCCAACUUCACCUGGCCGAUCAAGAUCCAGAUUGCCUUCUCUCAGCACAACAGCAUCAUGGACCUGGUGCAGUUCUUCGUCACCUUCUUCAGCUGUUUCCUGUCUCUGCUCCUGGUCGCUGCCGUGGUUUGGAAAAUCAAACAGACAUGCUGGGCCUCACGACGAAGAGAGCAGCUGAUGAGAGAGCGACAGCAGAUGGCCAGUCGUCCCUUCGCGUCGGUUGCUGUCGUGCUGGAGGUGGGCGGAGACCAAGAGGAGCUGCUGCAGGCGGCGCCGAAGCCCAUCGCCAUGGAGCCAUGCUGGGGGAGCAGAGCAGGUGUUCUGACGGUGCUGCUGUACCUGCCCAGAGUCCCAUCUGGUAUACCUCCACCUGGACAGUCUGGUGUUGCUAUAGCCAGCGCUCUGGUGGACACAUCACAACAGCGAGCGAUGGACCUCAAGGAACGAGGCCUCGGUCUGAAGCACCGCAAACACACCGUGCACCAUCAAGGGACCUGCGUAUGAACUGGAUGCCCACAUAUCCACGUGU